UCAGGUUGAGGGAUCUGUGAGUUUUCUGGCCUCCGCUGACUGAGUAGCCCUUUGCCGAGCUGAGCUGAGCUGAGCUGAGCUGAGCUGUGCUGUGCUGUGCUGUGCUGGAUCAUAACUGAGCAUUCUGUGAAUGUGUUCACUUCUCAAUAUAUAUUUCUAUAUAUUUUUUAGUGCUAUAUUUUAGCAGUGGAGAAAACAAAUCGUACAGUGCAUCCGUGGCCACGAGUGUAUCAAUCCAUUUGAAUGGGAGAUGGCCUUCGUGGCUACCAAUGAUCAGCAUGGCAAUGAGGUAAUGCGCGURGUGCUCUCGACGGAGCCGGGCAACAAAACUGUGGCUUCCUGUCAGAAUGUCAGGAUCAAUUGCAGUUCCGUCGGAGUCCGGUCGUACACACAUGCAGGGCGUUUCGAUCAUCGACAUCGCUUUCAUUACUUUGCGGACACGGCGCCCCGUCUGCGGAAGACGGACCUUUUUCUGCUGCACGGGCAGAAAGGCUACAAAGACGGAAAGAAUGAGCAGGCAUUGGGGAAGCAGCAGCAGGAGAUAAAUAAACACCAGAAGCUAGAGAGGGGGGAACAUUCAAAAAACAGAAAGAAGCAUGGGGAGGCAGAUGAGGCACUGCUGCUGGAUAUGCCUGGAUACUUCAAUAUGACCAUGGGUCAGAAGGAGCAGAAGGAGAAGGCACAGCAGGUGACUUUGAAGCCGAAACUGAAAGAGAAGGCGGUGCAGACGGAACUGAAAGACAAGGCAGUACAGAAUACGUUGGAUAAGAAAGAGAUGUCCGACCGGAAGACUUUGCAGCUAGAGCACAAAGAGAGUGCAGAACAGAACAAUGUGGAUAAGAAAGAGAAAUCAGAGCAAAAGACAUUGCAGGUGAAACAGAAAGUGAAGUCUGGGCAGCAGACAAAGCAUCGAUAUUACAGUCAAUACUUGGAAUGGUCGUACGAAGCGAUUUCGGAAUCAGAGAAAGAGACACAGCUAAAGCAGAUCUCGCAGCCGAUAAAAUCGCAAUCAGAGAGAUCGAAGUAUGAGAUGAAACCUCAGCUAAUAAAUUGUCAGACGGAGAGACUAAAGCCAGAGAGCUUACAUCUGGAGUUCUUAAAAGAGGAGAAAAUUCAGGUGAUGCGCCUUAAGGCAGACAAGUCACAGCCGGAGCUGUGUCUUCAAGGAGACUUACAGCCAAAGCGUGAGAAGCGAACCCAAGCGAAGCAGAAGGUGCAGCUGCAAAUGACCCCGAAGCUGGCGGUGUUGCACUCGGACACUCCGCGCGUGCUAAAGGCUAGGUCACAUACAGAGCCGAAUUUACAGAGAGCCAACGGAUCACAGCGAAAGGCCAAGUCUGAAAAUAAUUUACCACAGGAUCUGGAUCAGAAUCAGGAAAAGAAGUCGUCUCGGACUUCAUCCCAUCACAGCCAUGGAAGUCUAACUGUCUCUGAAUCGGGACUGUGGAACAGCGCUGAGGUCAUUGCGCACAGCACGCUGCUCUCCAUGCAGGAGCAGAUGGCCAAGCGGGACAGCAACAACUCAUCGCCCUUGUCAUCGCCCUUCUACGCCUGGCUGGCUGCCAAAAAGGAGAAGCAGGAUCAGCUGAAAAAGGAGCGCCGUCUCUCAACAGAGUUGGAAGAGCAACGUGCCAAGGAGCGCUCGCGUCUCGCCCAGCUGAACUUUGAACGUUGGGUCAAGAGCAAGAACACUCAACUGCGACGGGCUAAGUCGGAUGUGAGCUCCGGUCAGCUGACCACCCAUUCGCGUCAGUCGCUGCCAGCCUCCGAGUCGCAGCGCCGUCUCAUCGAAUGGGAGCGCGAAAAGCUGGCCGAGCUCAGGGAGCAGCGGCUGAAGCGUGAGGCCUACAUAGAACGACAAAAUCAACUGGAGUCGGCGCGUCGCGAAAUGAGCGCCGAGGCCUUUGAGCAAUGGGUCCUGGCCUCUCGUAACAAACCGAAGCCCGUGCCCAUGGGCAAGGGCCUAGACUCGCUGCGCGGCACUACCGCGCCCCUCUUCACGAAUCCCAACGAAUGGAAAUCGGUGCAUGGGCCCAUCGUCAAAAAGCCGCAGAAUCCGCCGCCGCAGCCGCGUCCGAAGCGCCAGGGGCCUGACUACGAGCGUCUGGAGCGUCUGGCUCAGCCGCGACGCGCGGUCUGCAAGCAGAGCCCUAACGUGCGGCCAGAGCCCUUGAAGCUGGGCGAGACUGGCCCGCUGUCAAAGCUGAGCAACUCACUGGACAGCUGCCUGUUGCGUCCGCAUCGCACGUCCAUGGUCUGGAGCAAGGACAAUGCACAGCGCGUGCGCGAAAUGAAGAGGAACGAAUCACUGGGUGGGUAUCAGGCCCAGCGCGAGCUGCACGACGAUCAAGUGGAGCAGCUGCGCAAGCAGCAGGACCAGCAGAACAACAAGACUCUGCCGAAGAAGUUUCAGGACAAGCGCGAGAAGCUGCGCCUCCGCCUCAAGGACUGGCUCGAGGAGGGCAAGGCGCUGCCCCAGCGCAGCCGCAACAGCAGCAGCACCGACCUCAACUACGAGCUGAAGCUGGAGAAGCACGCGCUCAAGCAGCAGCAGCGUCGCGCUGUCUUCGCGGAAGAGGCGGCCCAAAUGCAACGCCGUCGAGUCGUCUUCAACGAGACGCGCAUUCUACGCUCCGACGAGCAUCUGCUAUCGGCGGCCAACAAAUCGAAUAAUCCGCUGCAACGAGCACGCAGCAUCGAGCCCAAACAUUUACUCAAGUCGAAGGAACCUCAGAAGGUGAAGCCCUGGCGUUAGAUUUAGGUUCACGUGUGAUUAGAGCGUCCCCCCACCACCCUCCCCUCCCCUCACUCACGUCAAUCCCCAUAUCCUUAUUAUAUUCAUGUAAUCGUCCUGUUUUUUGUAAGUUUUUCAAAAUAUAUAUUUUUUAU